AGAGUUGACAUGUUUGACCAUGGACUACUGACUGAUUUCACAGACUGUCACGAGACAAUUUGCAGACUAUGCAUUUAGAUCAUUAAAAUUGAUGGACUGUUGAUCAAUAGUAUGAGAAAGGACUGUUUAUGUUAUACAGCUUGGUCAACAGAUAUGGACUGUGAAUAACUUGUUACUUAUAUUUGAACUGUGACCCUUGACCUCUGCUCAAGUACUACCUUACAGAAGAGGAUUUUCUAAGUCCAGUGCAUACAGACUGUUGAAGAAGACAAUGUUGGUAAUGUUGGGACAACAUUUAUUUUGUCGGGGAGAGUGUGACAGGUUAAAGGAAAUACUAAUAGCCUGUUAUACAUUAAAAAGUAUUAGUAAAUUCAUAGUAUGUGAGGAUCUUAAAACAUUUAAGGUUAAGAAGAUCAUGCAUUCAGUAUUAGUUGAUAGAUUGAUAACAUUUAUAUAAUUCUGUUAAAAUCCGUCAAGCAUACAAAGGGUACGAAUUGUGAGAGGAAUGUGUAAACGUUAUGUUGAUUACUUUAUGUUGUCGUGGAUAAAAGUGUUAAUCUGUGAUCUACUAAAUGCUCUUAAUCUAUGAGCCUGAGAUCGAUUGCUCUGGUCUCCACUCAAGUUCACGGAGAAUUCGCGGUCUUUUUUCUCAUUGCACUAAACGUUCCAUGAGUAAACAUUCCGUAUCACGCUCUCGUGAUUCUUUCUACCCUUUUUCAGGAGCAGAUCGUCUCUAUGGCAACAUAGAAGAUUUGACUGGGUAUCGUCCCUGGGGAUGAAGUACUGUUGGCUUUACAUCUCCCCUACAGCCUGUUUGGAUGGCUGCUUCUCACUCUGCAGGCAAGCAUGAGACUCUCCCAGGGACGGUGCAGGACACCCAACAAAGUGUGAAGGAGCGCGGCCAGUGGGAUAGCAAAAUGGAGUUUAUUCUAACUGUGGCUGGCGCUAUUAUUGGACUUGGAAAUGUAUGGAGAUUUCCCUAUCUUUGUUACAAGAACGGUGGGGGGGCGUUCUUCAUCCCGUACAUCCUGUACCUCGUUACCUGUGGCAUCCCUCUGUUCAUCCUGGAGACGGCUCUGGGCCAGUACACCAGCCAGGGGGGCAUCACCUGCUGGAGAAAGAUCUGCCCGGUGUUUGAAGGAAUGGGCUAUGCCGCCCAAGUGAUUACUAUAUAUGGAUGUAUGACCUACAUUGUGAUUCUGGCGUGGGCUUUCCUCUACCUGUUCUCAUCCUUCGCUGUUGACCUGCCAUGGGCCAACUGCAACAAUGCCUGGAACACAGAUGCUUGUGUGACAUUUGGCACCAAGAAUGCCAGCAGCAAUUGGACUGGUUCCCUCCUGAAUUCGUCAUCUUCCGUUGUGGAGUUUUGGCAGCGGCGAGUGCUACGGAUAUCAGAUGGGAUUGAGUCCUUGGGAGGUAUUAGAUGGGAGCUGGCUCUGUGUCUUCUGCUGUCAUGGAUUGUCUGUUACUUCUGUGUCUGGAAAGGAGUGAAGUCUACCGGGAAGGCAGCGUACGUCACGGCUACCUUCCCCUAUGUCAUGCUAGUGGUGUUAUUUAUCAGAGGAGUGACCCUUCCAGGAGCUAAAGAUGGCAUCUUCUACUACUUGUAUCCCAAUACAACACGGCUAGCUGAUCCACAGGUUUGGAUGGAUGCAGGAACGCAGAUAUUCUAUUCUUACGCCAUAUGCCUGGGCUACCUGACCUCUCUUGGAAGCUACAACAAAUACAACAACAACUGUUACAAAGACUCCUUCUACCUGUGCUUGUUGAACAGUGGGACCAGCUUCGUGUCUGGUUUUGCGAUCUUCUCCAUACUGGGUUAUAUGGCUCAAGAACAGGGUGUGGACAUCUCUGUGGUUGCUGAGUCAGGUCCUGGCCUGGUGUUCAUAGUGUACCCCCAGGCAGUGUCCCUGCUCCCCUGCCCUCAGUUCUGGGCCGUCUGUUUCUUCACCAUGAUCAUCCUAUUGGGAGUGGACGGCCAGUUUGUCGGCCUUGAGAGCCUAAUGACCUCAGUAACGGACAUCUACCCAAACCUCAUCAGAAAAGGCUACCGGAGGGAGAUGCUGCUGCUGCUCAUCUGCUGCUGCUGCUACCUGGUCGGACUCAUCAUGGUCACAGAGGGUGGCCUCUACAUCAUCCAGCUGUUUGACCAUUAUGUGUGCAGUGGUGCCACUCUGCUGCUCCUCUCCAUAUGCCAGUCACUCAGUAUUGGAUGGAUAUAUGGUGCUGAACGCUUCUGUGACAACAUUGAGGACAUGAUUGGCUAUAGGCCCUCCUCCCUGGUCAAGUAUUGUUGGCUCUACAUUACCCCUACUAUCUGCACAGGAACCUUUGUAUUCUCCUUGCUGAAGUACAGCCCUUUGAAGUUCAACAACACAUAUGUGUACCCGUGGUGGGCCUACUGGCUAGGCUGGUUCCUGGCUAUGUCUUCCCUAUCUCUCAUUCCCAUCACCAUGGUCUACAAAUUGUACCGGGGCAAAGGGACUUUCUGGCAGCGCCUCCAGACAAUCUGUCGGCCAGCAGAUGACCUUCCUAUGAUGAUGAAGGAGGAGAUGGUAGGUCUCUAUGCUCUGGAUCAUGUUACUGACGAUGAGAAGACAUACAGCAAUAAUCUAUAGACUGACUGUUCCACUACUACUUUUCGGGCUGGUUUCCCAGACACAGAUUAAGCCUAGUGGGACUGAGACCAUGCUUUUUCGUCCAGGACUAGGCUUAAUAUGUGUCUUUUUUUUUGUCUAUUUUUGUAAUUUAAAAAAAAUAAAAAAUAUAUAUAUAUAUAUAUAUAUAUAUAUAUAUAUAUAUACACAGUGGCAAGAAAACGUAUGUGUACCUUUUGGAAUUACCUGGAUUUCUGCAUAAAUUGGUAAUCAAAUUUUAUCUGAUCUUAAUAAUAGACAAACAUAGUGUGCUUAAACUAAUAACACUCAAUUUAUUUAUUUUUUGUCUAUAUUGAAUACAUCAUUUAAACAUUCACAGUGUAGGUUGGAAAAGGUAUGUGAACCCCUAGGCUAAUGACUUCUCCAAAAGCUAAUUGGAGUCAGGAGUCAGCUAACCUGGCGGCAGGGUAGCCUAGUGGUUAGGGUUUUGUACUAGUAACCGAAAGGUUGCAAGUUUGAAUCCCUGAGCUGACAAGGUACAAAUCUCUUGUUCUGCCCCUGAACAAGGCAGUUAACCCACUGUUCCUAGGCCGUCAUUGAAAAUAAGAAUUUGUUCUUAACUGACUUGCCAAGUUAAAUAAAGGUAAAAUAAAAAAAACUGGAGUCCAAUCAAUGAGAUUGGAGAUGUUGGUUAGAGCUGCCUUGCCCUAUUAAAAAAACGCUCACAUAAUUUGAGUUUGCUAUUCACAAGAAGCAUUGCCUGAUGUGAACCAUGCCUCGAACAAAAGAGAUCUCAGUAGACCUAAGAUUAAGAAUUGUUGACUUGCAUAAAGCUGGAAAGGGUUACAAAAGUAUCUCUAAAUGCCUUGAUGUGCAAGACAAAUUGUAUAUAAAUGGAGAAAGUUUGGCACUGUAGCUACUCUCCCUAGGAGUGGCCGUCCUGCAAAGAUGACUGCAAGAGCACAGUGUAGAAUGCUCAAUGAGGUUAAGAAGAAUCCUAGAGUGUCAGCUAAAGACUUACAAAAAUCUCUGGAACAUGCUAACAUCUCUGUUGACGAGUCUACGAUACGUAAAACACUAAACAAUAAUGGUGUUCAGGGGAGGACACCACGGAAGAAGCCACUGCUGUCCAAAAAAAACAUUGCUGCACAUCUGAAGUUUGCAAAAAUGAACCUGGAUGUUCCACAGCGCUACUGGCAAAAUAUUCUGUGGACAGAUGAAACUACAGUUGUGUUGUUUGAAAGGAACACACAACACUAUGUGUGGAGAAAAAAAUGCACAGCACACCAACAUCCAAACCUCAUCCCAACUGUAAAGUAUGGUGGAGGGAGCAUUAAGGUUUGGGGCUGCUUUGCUGCCUCAGGGUCUGGACAGCUUGCUAUCAUCGACGGAAAAAUGAAUUCCCAAGUUUAUCAAGACAUUUUGCAGGAGAAAGUUAGGUUACCUGUCCGCCAAUUGAAGCUCAACAGAAGUUGGGUGAUGCAACAGGACAACGAACCAAAACACAGAAGUAAAGGUCAGGACUCAGGUCAGGACUCAACCCGAUUGAGAUACUGUGGCAUGACCUCAAGAGAGCAGUUCACACCAGACAUCCCAAGAAUAUUGUUGAACUGAAACAGUUUUGUAAAGAGGAAUGGUCCAAAAUUCCUCCUGACUUUGUGCAGGUCUGAUCUGUAACUACAGAAAACGUUUGGUUGCGGUUAUUGCUGCCAAAGGAGGGUCAACCAUUUAUUAAAUCCAAGGGUUCACAUACUUUUCCCACCCUGCACUGUGAAUGUUUACACGGUGUGUUCAAUAAAGACAUGAAAACGUAUAAUUGUUUGUGUGUUAUUAGUUUAAGCAGACUGUGUUUGUCUAUUGUUGUUACCUAGAUGAAGAUCAGAUUACAUUUUAUGACCAAUUUAUGCAGAAAUCCAGGUAUUUCCAAAGGGUUCACAUACUUUUUCUCGCCACUGUAUAUAUAUUAAGUUUUUUGUUUUUUUUAAGGGACUUUGUGUUUUAUAUAGUUCAUGUAGCUGCUCAGAGUUGUGCUUGAGUAAUGUGGGGUAUUAGGUUUGAACUGUAUGAUGUAUAGUGAGUGUAAUAUCAUAGUUUUAUUUAGCUUAAUCAACUUAAUAUCUAUAGCAUAAUGUGUGAAAUCAUAGAAAUAUAUUUUUCUUAAGAUUGAAAUGAUUAGUGUGUUGUAGACCAAUCAUAAAAUAGCUACACCUAGAUCACCUAAACAUUUUGGGCCGGUUUCCCACACACAGAGAAUCUCCAUUGAACAUGCUUUUUAGUCCAGGAUUAGGCUUAAUCUGUGCAUUUACUCAGUAUACAGUAGUUCAUCAAAUCAAGGCAUUGACGUGUACCUUUUAUUUUACCGGGUAAAUUGACAUGCAAUCACCCCAUUUGUAAUGAACUAUUAUUAUUUGAACAACCAAAAUGAACAACCUCAGGAUCUAAUUCUAUAGAAUAAUGUUAUAAACCCCCUGUGUGUAUCAUGUUGUAUCUUGCGGAAGUGUUGGUCUUGCAAUACAAAUCUACCACAGCAGGGUUUUUUAUGUAUUUUUUGAAAGUCAACAAGUACACCUGGAACAUUGUAUAUACAGGUAAUUGCCAAAAGAACGGAAACACUUGAGGGAUAAAUGAGGGAUACAAGGUCAAUUGAAAGCAGUUGCUUUCACACGGGUGUGAUUCCUGAAUUAAUUAAGCAAUUAAAACAUCCCGUCAUUCUUAGGGUCAUGUAUAAAAACUCCCAGUUGCCCAUUGUUUUGGCUACCAUGGCUAGAAGAAGAGAUCUCUGACUUUGAAAGAGGGGUCUCAAAGGAGCAAAGAGGGGUUUAAAGUAUGUUUGUGUGUCUCAGUCACCAGAUCUCAACCCAAUCGAACACUUAUGGGAGAUUCUGGACUGGUACCUGAGACAGCGUUUUCCACAACCAUCAACAAAAUACCAAAUUAUAGAAUUUCUUGUGGAAGAAUGGUGUUGUAUCCCUCUAAUAGAUUUCCAGACACUUGUAGAAUCUAUGCCAAUGCGAAUUGAUGCUGCGCUGGUGGCUCGUGGCCCAACGCCCUAUUAAGACACUUUAUGUUGGUGUUUCCUUUAUUUUCGCAGUUACCUGUAUCUCAUUAUAUCAACGUAUGUAGAAGUGUUCUAUUUGAACUAAUAUUGUUUUAUAAGAUAUUUUUGUUAACGUUUCUGUAAUAAAAUACUUUAAAACAGAA